CCUCGUGACUUCCCCUUUCUCUUCAGGACAAGGCCAUGGAGCGCGAAGUCCAGCGGGUUCGCGAUGCGUUCCUGUCCGGCCGGUCGCGACCCCUGAGGUUCCGGCUGCAGCAGCUCGAGGCCCUGCGCAGGAUGGUGCAGGAGCGCGAGAAGGACAUCCUGGCAGCUGUCGCCGCCGACCUGUGCAAGAGUGAACUCAAUGCAUACAGUCAGGAAGUCCUUUCCGUUCUUGGGGAAGUUGAUCUCGCGCUGGAGAAGCUUCCUGAAUGGGUUACUGCUAAACCAGUUGAGAAGAACCUGCUCACCAUGCUGGAUGAGGCCUACAUUCAGCCAGAGCCACUGGGAGUUGUCCUGAUUAUCGGAGCUUGGAACUACCCCUUUGUUGUCACCAUUCAGCCUCUGAUAGGAGCCAUCGCUGCAGGAAAUGCUGCGAUUAUUAAGCCUUCUGAACUAAGUGAAAAUACAGCCAAGAUGUUGGCUAAGCUCCUCCCUCAGUAUUUAGACCAGGACCUGUAUGUUGUUAUUAAUGGUGGUGUUGAGGAAACCACGGAGCUUCUGAAGCAGCGAUUUGACCACAUUCUCUACACGGGAAAUACUGCAGUGGGAAAAAUAGUCAUGGAAGCUGCUGCCAAGCAUCUGACCCCUGUGACUCUUGAACUGGGAGGGAAGAGUCCGUGUUACAUUGACAAAGAUUGUGACCUGGACGUCGCCUGCAGACGCAUAACCUGGGGGAAGUACAUGAAUUGCGGUCAAACCUGCAUUGCUCCCGACUACAUCCUCUGUGAACCAUCCCUCCAGAAUCAAAUCGUGCAGAAGAUUAAGGAAACCGUGAAGGAAUUUUAUGGAGAAAAUGUCAAAGAAUCUCCUGAUUAUGAAAGGAUAAUCAAUCUUCGUCAUUUUAAGAGGAUACUAAGUUUGCUUGAAGGACAAAAGAUAGCUUUUGGUGGAGAGACCGAUGAAGCCACACGCUACAUAGCCCCAACAAUACUUACUGAUGUUGAUCCUGAAACCAAAGUGAUGCAAGAAGAAAUUUUCGGACCCAUUCUUCCAAUAGUGCCUGUGAAGAAUGCAGAGGAAGCCAUAAAAUUCAUAAACGAACGUGAAAAGCCCUUGGCUUUCUAUGUAUUUUCUCAUAACGAUAAGCUCAUCAAAUGGAUGAUUGACGGGACGUCCAGCGGCGGUGUCACAGCUAACGACGUCAUUAUGCACUUCACACUCACCUCUUUACCCUUCGGAGGAGUGGGUUCGAGUGGGAUGGGAGUUUAUCACGGAAAACACAGUUUUGAUACUUUUUCUCAUCAACGUCCCUGUUUAUUAAAAAGUUUAAAGAGAGAAGGUGUUAACAAACUCAGAUACCCUCCCAACAGCCAGUCAAAGGUGGACUGGGCCAAAUUUUUCCUCUUGAAAAAGUUCAACAAAGGAAAACUCAGUCUCCUGUUCCUCGCUUUCCUUGGCAUUGUGGUGGCUCUGCUUGUCAAGAAAUACCAAGCUGUGCUGAGGAGAAAGGCCCUGUUGAUUUGUCUGGCAGUUCACAGACUGUGUUGUCCGGUAAGCAGUAAUGAACAGCAGUUUUCAGAACCCAGUUCUGUCUGUUAAGAGUGAGGCUGGCUACUACUGAAGAAUGAUCCUGUUCAACCUCCUAGUUGCCUCUACUGAAUUGUUCCUCUAUUAAAUAGUUAAUGAACCAGUCAUUUUAAAACCUACCA